CAUGAUAAGAUAAGAGAUGUCGUCAGAUAACGCCGGUUUUGGGGACAAAUAACAAGUAGCCAUUGCUUUAACAGUUUAUUAAAGUGGGAACAUAUAUUCAAACAUGAAAAUAGUUUGCCUGUUUAUGCUGUUUGUUGUUGUUGUUUCGCAAAGUCCUCACAACCCAUCACGCCCGGAUAUUUAUGGACUUAUCAAUUUAUUGUAUCUAAAGGCCGAUGCCGAUCUGAAUGGACAAAUCACAGAAAGUGAAUUGGCAGAUGUUUUCAAAGGAUUCGAUAAAAACAGUGACGGGACAGUGACAAACGCUGAGUUUGUUGAACUGUGGAUGCAACUGACGUCACAGACCACUGCCCUUGCCAAUGCCUACUUUCACCUUGCCGAUCUGAAUGAUGAUAAAAUCAUUAACAAUAAUGAUUAUCAUCUAAUAUACCAGGUGUUUGACCUAAAUCACGAUGGUUCGGUGUCUGGAAAAGAAUUUGCUUCAAAAUGGGAAGACAUUAUCCGAGAGACGCCAUUUGCAGUAUUGUUCGAGAGAUCUGAUGUUAAUAAAGAUGAGUUUCUAAAUCAUAACGAAUUUAGAAACUUCUUUUCCUCAUUCGACGCAAACUCUGACGGAAAGGUAGACAACCAAGAAUUUGACGCCGGUUGGUCGCACGCUGACUUCGCUCUUUUAUCUGAUGCCGACCUGUUGUUUGGUGACAUUGACAAGAAUGGAGAUGGUAGCAUAACGGGACAUUCCGACAUGGACCAACUCUUUACCACCUAUGACGCUAACGGAGAUGGUAAAAUGGCCCUCCAGGAAGUGAUUCAGAUGAAGACUCUCCUGAAACUGCUACAAAACAGCAAUGCAGGGACUGUAGGAUGAUUCAGUCGUAGAUGAAAAAAACUGUAAAUUAUUUAACCCAAGUUGUCUUAAAUUUGUAUUCGUAAAUAAAUCAAGCACACUUA